AUGGCCCCUCCCUCGCCGCAGCCGCCUCGCCCCUCCGCCGCCGCCGACGGCGGCCCCGCCCCCUCCGCGGCGCCGGUCGACGCGCUCUUCCUACAGAACCUGAUGAGCCGCGUCCAGCUCCGCCCGCCCUUCCUCGACACCAACUCCUUCCUCACCCAGGACCUCGACGACUUCCUCCUCAACGAGUUCGCCGCGCUCUCCGCCGCGGCGGGCGAGUCCGAUGAUGAUGACGACGAAGAAGGGGAGGACGGCGGCCUCUCCGACGGGGAGGUCUCCGGGGAGGCCAGGCGGCGGCGGAUGCUCUCGCGGGAGGAGACCAAGCUGGAGAAGGAGAUCGUCAGGAUGGUGCUCGCCGGCGACGGGGACGCCCUUAAGCCCAACUCGGGCCAGUCCGUUGCCGUCGGCGACCACCACGUGUGCGUCGGCUUCCACGACGAGGCCGGCGGGGAGUACCGCGUCUGGGAGUGGCACGGCCACGUCAUGCUCUUUGACGACGAGGACGGCUACUCCGCCGAGUACAUCUACGGGAACCACUUCGAGCCGCUCGCUGCCGCCACUGCCAGGGCCAAGCAGAAGGAGAAGGAGAAGAGAGAGAAGGACCUCACCUCGGGCCUUCGGGAUUUGAUUGUGGGUAAUGGGGACAGUGCCAAUGGCUUGAAUUUGAAUGGCAAUGGCGGAGGCCCCAGGGUGGUGCGCAGGAACGUAGUAAAUUCCCCUGCAGCAGCGCCUGCAAGGUAA